CACCCCCCGGGGAGCCCGGCGGGGCCGAGAGCCCGCAAAGACCAGGUUCCUCUCAGACGGGCCCCCCCCGCGGCCGUCGGGCCGGCGGUCCGCACCCAGCUCCGCGCCCCGGCGCCGCGUGAGCCGGCGGGGCCAUGGAGCGCGCGCCGCCCGACGGGCUGCUGAACGCGUCGGGGGCGCUGGCAGGCGAGGCGGCGGCGGCGGCGGCGGCGGGCGGGGCGCGCGGCUUCUCCGCCGCCUGGACCGCGGUGCUGGCCGCGCUCAUGGCGCUGCUCAUUGUGGCCACGGUGCUGGGCAACGCGCUGGUCAUGCUCGCCUUCGUGGCCGACUCGAGCCUCCGCACCCAGAACAACUUCUUUCUGCUCAACCUCGCCAUCUCCGACUUCCUCGUGGGGGCCUUCUGCAUCCCUCUGUAUGUGCCAUAUGUGCUGACCGGCCGCUGGCCCUUCAGCAGGGGCCUCUGCAAGCUGUGGCUAGUGGUGGACUACCUGCUCUGCACCUCCUCCGUCUUCAACAUCGUGCUGAUCAGCUACGACCGCUUCCUCUCAGUCACCCGAGCUGUUUCUUACAGGGCCCAGCAGGGUGACACUCGCCGGGCAGUGCGCAAGAUGGUGCUGGUGUGGGUGUUGGCCUUCUUGUUAUACGGGCCAGCCAUCCUCAGCUGGGAGUACUUGUCUGGUGGAAGCUCCAUCCCUGAGGGCCACUGCUAUGCCGAGUUCUUCUACAACUGGUACUUCCUCAUCACUGCCUCCACCCUGGAGUUCUUCACACCCUUCCUCAGCGUCACCUUCUUCAACCUCAGCAUUUACCUGAACAUCCAGAGGCGCACCCGAGUCCGGCUAGAUGGGGCACGUGAGCCCACCGGCCCAGAGCCCCAGUCUGAGGCCCAGUCAUCCCCCCCUCCACCUGCUCCUGGCUGCUGGGGCUGCUGGCAGAAGGGGCGCGGGGAGGCCAUGCCACUGCACCAGAGCGGGGUUGGCGAGGCUGUUGUGGGCACAGAGGUGGGGGAGGCAGCCCUGGGGGGUGGCAGUGGUGGUGGUGCUGCAGCUUCACCCACCUCUAGCUCAGGCAGCUCCUCCCGGGGUACUGAGCGGCCACGCUCUCUCAAGAGGGGCUCCAAGCCAUCAGCAUCCUCAGCAUCACUAGAGAAGCGCAUGAAGAUGGUGUCCCAGAGCAUUACCCAGCGCUUCCGGUUGUCAAGGGACAAGAAGGUGGCCAAGUCAUUGGCUGUCAUUGUGAGCAUCUUCGGCCUCUGCUGGGCCCCUUACACACUCCUGAUGAUUAUCCGAGCUGCUUGCCAUGGCCAUUGCGUCCCUGACUACUGGUACGAGACGUCUUUCUGGCUGCUGUGGGCCAACUCGGCAGUCAACCCCGUCCUCUACCCGCUGUGCCACCACAGCUUCCGCCGCGCCUUCACCAAACUGCUCUGCCCCCAAAAGCUCAAAGUCCAGCCCCACAGCUCUCUGGAGCACUGUUGGAAGUGAGCUGACUGGCCAGAGGCCACUGGGACACAGGGACAGGGCCCUCCCACCACCAUGCCCACUCAAGUCCCUAUAUUCCUAGACACCUGGGUAGUGCUGCCUCCCACCACAGCCUCCCAGGUGUGAGUCGUGUGAGUCUUUGGCCCACCUAACGUGCCAUGGCAGCCUCUUGUAGACCAUCCACCUGCCAUGGAGGCAGCAGGCUGGCUGGAGGGGCCUCCUGAAUACCAAUAUGGGUAGCCAGCCUACUGUCCAGAUCCUUGCUCCACCCCAGGAAACAAUCCCGAGGCCCCAGCUCUGCUGUUUACCUGCCAGAGAGGACCAUGGCUGGUGGUAUCUAUCUGUCUUUUGCACAUUACUACUCAGUGUUCUUUCCAAAGUGAGCGCUUGGCAUGUGCUCUGGGGAUCCCCACCAGGGAUUGGCCCCGUACCCCGCCCCUGCACACUUGCCCACUCCAACAAGCCCAGGCCACCGGCUUUGCUGCAUCUGUCCUUAGCUCUAGUCCCGGCCCCACUCCUUCAGCCUUUUCCCUCCAAUUCUGUCUGCCCGCCAAAGUGCCAGUGUCCCCCAGAAACAUUGCAGCCAUUCCCUGUUUUUUCCUACUUGAUGUCUCAGGAAGAUGAAGAUGAAAACACGUCCGUGAACUCAAUGUUCCUUAGAUGUUUAAUCAAGAGAGACAAAAUUGCUGAGGAGCUCAGGGCUGGAUUGGCAGGUGUGGGCUCCCACGCCCUCCUUCUCUGUGCUGUGCUUCCGCCUGAGCUGUGCCAGCUGCUUCUGCCCACCCCACCCCCAGCCCUGGGCAUUGUGCCCCAGUGGGCAGCCUGGGUGGCUGGACCCUGCUCUGCCCUUCCUGAGGCAGGCCCUCCCACCUAUUUGCUCUGCAGUGUGGAGGACGAGGAGCCUGGGGAAUCUAGCCAUGCCGUGAAGGUCCUGAGGCCAGCAGAGGCUUCCGGGGCUGAUGGUGCACCUCAAAGGGGUCACUUGGCCAAGUCCCAUGCACCCCGAUAGCACUCUGCAUGCUCUGCUUCCCCUGUGAAGCCCCCUAACUCCGUGUCCACAGUAAAGUGUAUUUUUUUAUUGGUGCUGA